UGUGCAUUACAGGACGUAGGGUCCCCAGGGAUAGCAACUUGACAUCCUCGCCGCUCGCGAAUCAAGGGCAUGUCAACGUAAUUUCUUUUUCCUCCCUAAAGGGUCAAACAGGACGAUUCGGCCCGCCAUAGAUUAAAAGGUACAAAAAAUGUCUAGGCCUCAGGUCCUGUUCCUCGAUGCGUACGACUCGUUCACCAACAACAUCGUCUCGCUUCUGACGACCUUGCUACAUGCCGAUGUCCACGUCCUCCCGAUUGAUAACCCCUCACUCGACCAGAACUCGCCGGAUUUCGAACGUCUUCUCCGCCUGGAGCUCGCGCAGUACCAUGCUGUAGUUUGCGGGCCCGGUCCAGGGUCUCCGGAAAUCGAUCGCGAUGUGGGGCUCAUGAGGCAGAUCUGGAGUCUAAACGAGGACGAUCUCCUUCCCGUUCUUGGUGUAUGUCUUGGUUUUCAGAGUUUGGUGGUUGCUUCAGGCGGGAAGGUAAGGAGGCUGCGGAGGGGCCUCCACGGCAUGGUGCGGGAUAUCGAGCACCAGAAACCACCAACGGCACCGUGGUCUCUCAAACGAGGAGACAUUUUCCACGGUGUUGAUGCAUUCAAGGCAACCAUCUAUCACAGCUUGUGUGCCGAUGUCGGCCAAGACGUCCUUUCCGAGGAUGAGUGGAGGGUCAAGAAGUGGGAGGCUCCCAGCGACACUCCUGAUUUGCUGCCCCUGGCAUGGACUCUUGAGGAUCGAGAGGAUGGCACUGAGCGUAUCUUGAUGGCGGUCAAGCACCGGACGAAACCUUUUUGGGGGCUGCAAUAUCACCCAGAAUCCAUCUGCACCGAAGUCGAGGGCCAUGCUGCCAUCAGGAACUGGUUUCGAGAAGCUCUCAGGUGGAAUGUGGAAGCCGGUCGGAAGGUCGUGACGGGAGAAUCCAGCUUGGCACGAAACGCCACGAGAGCAAGCCUCUUGUCCGAGGUGCGACUCCUGCGGGAUACUACGGCAGCAACUGGCUCGGCGAAAGGCGCACCGUGGACCGAGUCCAUGUCUCCAGUUGCAGCUGUCGGUCUAGAUUGCGGGUAUACGCACCGGACGAUUCCACUGCCGGCGCAUAUCAAGAUCCCCGAUGUAGUUGAGAUCCUCCGUCGCGAGGCGUCGUCGGAGCAUAUCAUCCUGGAUUCGGCGAAUGCAGACAAGAUGGCUACGGGGGCUGCGGACGUCAGAGGCCGCUACAGUAUCAUUGCCCUGGAUGUCGCGGAAGCGUUGCGGAUCGAGUACCAUGUGGGGGACGACUUCGCCACGGCUCGAAUACCCGCCAUUCAGGGUGUCGCUGUUGAUCUUAAGGAGACCAUACCGUUCACCUACCAUCAGAAUAUCUGGCAAUUGCUAGCUGAUUUUCUGGAGAAGCGGCAGCUAACGGAGAGCAUCCCCGUGGAAUCGCCGUUUAAGGGCGGAUUCAUGGGCUACAUCACAUACGAGAUGGGGCUCCAGGGUAUGGAUGUCGAGGUUGGAGACCGAGGACACAGGAGACCUGACUUGUGCUUCGCAUGGGUCACGAAGAGUAUCGUCAUGGACCAUUUGCGAAAUGUGGUGCACGUCCAGCACUUGCAGAAGAAAAAGCUCAUUCACGACUUUUGGGUCGAUUCCAUUGUGGAGUCGCUACAAACCUCAGAUCUGUGGCGGGAUACCAACCACGACCUGAACGGUUUAUCCACGAAUGGCGGUAUCGAGACCUCACGUGCGGUCAUCACGACCCCCAUGGCGCACGAAUAUGAGGAGAAAGUCCGUCAAUGCCAGGAUUACAUCGCGGCGGGGGAAUCCUACGAGCUGUGCUUGACCGACCAGACCACAAUCACGUUGCCGGCGGCGAUGACGGGAGCUCCAGCCAUGCGCUGCCAUCCGAGAGCAGCGAACGGCCAGACCCAACCUUGCACGAAACCCCCAACCUCGGACACCGCGUGGAACCUCUAUCGCACCCUGCGCACGCGCCAACCAGCGCCCUUCGGCUCGUUCCUACGCCUCGGCGGCGCCACCAUCGUCAGCUCCUCGCCCGAGCGGUUCCUCGAGUACUCCUGCGGCGGGCUGUGUUCGAUGCGACCCAUGAAGGGCACGGUCCGCAAAUCGCCCGCCGUGUCGACACUUGCGCAGGCGGAGGAGAUUCUGCAUGUGCCCAAGGAGGAAGCCGAGAACCUGAUGAUCGUGGACCUGGUCCGGCACGACCUCCAUGGCGUGUGUGGGUCCGGUAACGUCACCGUGCCGCAUCUGAUGAAGGUCGAGGAAUACGCGAGCGUCUUCCAGAUGAUCACCGUCGUCAACGGACAGCUCCCGGAACCCGAGAAACAGGGCCAUGGAGGAGCGAGGGGGGAGUGGUAUACGGGACUCGACGUGCUGGCGGCGAGCUUGCCGCCGGGGAGCAUGACCGGGGCGCCGAAGAAGCGGAGCUGCGAGCUGCUGCAGGAGAUUGAGGGGCUCAAGGAACGAAGCAUCUAUUCCGGCGUGGUGGGGUACAUGGAUGUCACAGGCAAAGGAGACUGGAGCGUGACCAUCAGGACGAUGUUCCGCUGGGAUGACGAAGUGGCGGCUCCCGGAGAAGGAGAAUCGGAAGGCACGGAGGUGUGGCACAUCGGGGCAGGUGGUGCUGUGACUAUACUCAGCACCCCCGAGGGAGAACGAGAAGAGAUGUUCACCAAGCUGACCGGGCCCUUGGGAGUGUUCUCGUCGGGCUCAUAGGCCGACGAUUCCGAAGCACGCUCUUUUCUUAGAAAAUUACUGUGUGGCGCUUUAGAUGCGGUACGAAGAUGGCGGGGACUUUAGAUAUUGGGGUUUUCAACCAUGUUCGGGGGGGGUAUGGCGAGGGGAGCAUUGCAUGGCGUUAUAACGGAAGGAUACCUCAACGUAUCGAGCUCCUGGUUCGAAUUAGAUGGGAUAAUGCCAAUCAGCUCACGC